AACCCUCAACCCCCAACCCCCACCCCUACUCCCAAGGUCCUCUUUCCAUUUCUCUCUUUCUUUUUUGCACACUUUCUUUUUGUAUUCCAAGAAGCAAAAAAGUAUUAUUGCUCCAUUGCUUCUCCAAGGAUCACUCCUUCUCAAAGUAUUGCUUAUUGGGAAUUUGUCAUAUCUUGCACCCAAGGAUGUGGCCUAGCGGUCAAUAAAGUGGGUUGAAAACAUGAUGUCUCGGGUUCAAAUCUCCUUCCCAUCGGUCCUAGCUUUGUGGACAGAGUUAGUUGAUAUCUGUUGCUGAUGUUAAGGGAGGUGACACGUAUCCCGUGGAUUUAGUUGAGAUUCCAAUUGGUUUAUAGUUGAUUUCAGAGGGAGCAAGAGGAAGUAAAGGAAGGAUGGGUUACAUUGGGGCACAUGGAGUGCAAGCCCUUCAUAGGUACAAAUACAGUGGGGUGGAUCACUCCUAUGUUGCUAAGUAUGUGUUGCAGCCUUUUUGGAGUCGCUGUGUCAAUUUCUUCCCCCUUUGGAUGCCACCGAAUAUGAUUACACUUACAGGAUUUUUAUUCUUGGUCACAUCUGCGCUGCUCGGAUAUAUUUAUUCUCCACAGUUGGAUUCACCUCCUCCAAGAUGGGUUAAUUUUGCACAUGGAUUGCUUCUCUUCCUUUAUCAGACAUUUGAUGCUGUUGACGGAAAACAAGCAAGACGAACAAAUUCCUCUAGUCCACUAGGAGAGCUUUUUGAUCAUGGAUGUGAUGCGCUUGCAUGUGCAUUUGAAGCCUUGGCUUUUGGGAGCACUGCUAUGUGUGGACGGAAUGUUUUCUGGUUCUGGGUUAUAUCAGCUGUUCCUUUCUACUUUGCUACUUGGGAAAGCUAUUUCACCAACACUCUAGUUCUUCCUGUAGUAAAUGGACCGACAGAGGGUCUCAUGUUGAUAUAUUUCAGCCAUUUCUUUACAGCUCUAGUGGGAUCUGAGUGGUGGGCUCAACCGUUUGGGAAGUCUAUGCCACUCGUGAGCUGGGUUCCUUUUCUGAACGAAAUUCAAACCAAUAAGGCCGUGUUGUUGCUGAUGGUAGCUUUUGCUGUUAUUCCAACGCUCUAUUGCAAUAUUAACAAUGUUCAUAAGGUUGUUCAGGCAACAAAAGGAAGUAUGCCGCGGGCACUGGCCAUGCUUUACCCAUUUGUUGUGCUACUGGGAGGAGUGCUUCUGUGGGACUAUUUAUCUCCAUCUAAUUUAAUGAAGAACUAUCCUCAUCUUGUGGUUAUCGGAACUGGGCUUGCAUUCGGAUUUCUUGUGGGAAGAUUAAUUUUGGCUCACCUGUGUGAUGAACCCAAGGGUCUGAAAACAAACAUGUGCAUGUCUCUGCUUUGUCUACCUUUUGCUGUUGCAAAUGCGCUCACUGCCAGACUUAAUGAUGGAGUUCCUAUGGUUGAUGAGUUCUGGGUUCUUCUCGCUUACACUGCAUUCUCAGUAUCACUCUAUCUGCAUUUUGCCACAUCUGUUGUUCAUGAAAUCACAUCAGCACUCGGGAUAUACUGUUUCAGGAUAACAAGGAAAGAAGCUUGAGCUGUGUUUACGCUCAAAUUUUUGGUACACUGCUCAACAUUUCUCUCAUUCUUGGUCAACUCGAGAUCAUCUUUUCCUUUGAUUAGUGUAUGAUCCAGUUGUGAUCUUCUUGAUGCUUUUAUUUCUUAGCUUUCAACCUGGGAACGAACUACCUGGGGUUGACGUUUGACUUUCCUUUUCUUUUCUUUGCUGAUUCCUCUCAAUGAAAUUUUCCAUGUUGCUACCUAGCCGAUUCCUGGACUUGGCUUGAAGGAUGUUUUGAUGGUUCAACGAGCAUUAUUGUUUGAACUCGCUUUCAAUUUCAAGUUUUAGGCAAGUAGCUUAAAUGAAUUUCUUUUUGAAUUUUUCCUUUCGAUUUUAGUUUGACUAAGAUGUUUGUCUAGGAGUUUUUGAUUUGUUGACCCUGCUAAAGGUCAUGUUUAAACAAUAUUUGUUGUGGUUUGAAGAUUGAUGGUUAUUGUAUUUCAGCUGAUUUAGAUU